UCUUCAGGUCCAUCACUGGAGGACGGGGAAAUCAUGUCAACUACAACGACCGCCGUCCAGGUUGCACCGCCGCUCGUAGGAGAGAGCAUUGAGCUCGGGCAUCUAGACCCGGGCGUCUCCUCUGGCCGGCAACUUGGUCCCGAUUCCAAUGCGGACUCGCCGCAUGUCUCGGCCGGUGACAAUGAGGGUGACGAGCCACCGGCGGAUGCUCUCACGGAGGCCGAGAGGUGGAAUCGGCCCGUCAAGAACAUUGGCCGGCUUGCGUUUGCGUUUAUGUCGUUUGCCAUUGCGGGGAUGAAUGAUGCUGCUGUUGGCGCUUUGAUUCCAUAUCUCGAAGAAUACUACAACCUCUCUUACACCGUCAUCUCCCUCAUCUUCCUCACCCCCUUUGUCGGCUACUCCAUCGCCGCCUUCACCAAUGCCCGCAUUCAUGUCCGGCUCGGCCAGCGCGGCGUGGCCAUCAUGGCGCCCAUAUGCCACCUCAUUACCUUUGCUGCCCUGGCUUCUCACCCGCCGUAUCCCGCCCUCGUGGUGUGCAAUGCCAUUAGCGGCUUUGGCAACGGCCUGACGGACGCGUGCUUCUGCGCGUGGGUCGGUGCCAUGGACAGGGCGAACACGAUUCAGGGCUUUCUGCAUUCUUGCUAUUCGUUGGGGGCGUUGUUCUCGCCGCUGAUUGCGACGUCGAUGGUUGUCAAAGGAGGGUUGCCUUGGUACACCUUUUACUACCUCAUGAUUGGCAUGUCUGGCUUGGAAUUCGCUGGGCUUGUCAUGUUCUUUUGGGACAAGACGGGCGCCGUGUAUCGAGAGGAGCAUGCCCGCGAGAACGCAGAUGCCGGGACUGCGGGCGCCGGUACUCGCGAGGCAAUGAAGUCCAAGGUUACCUGGCUUUGUGCCCUGUUCUUCUUUGCCUACAUGGGCGUGGAGGUUGGCCUUGGGGGCUGGGUCGUCACGUUCAUGCUCCGCGUCCGUCAUGCCUCCGCAUAUGCCUCAGGAGUCUCAGGCUCCGGGUUCUGGGCAGGCAUGGCGCUUGGCCGUGCCGUCUUGGGCUUCGUCACGGAGCGCUUCGGGGAGAGGCUCUGCUUGGCAAUCUACCUCGGCAUCUGUCUUGGUCUCCAGCUCCUGUUCUGGCUCGUGCCACAGUUUGUCGUCUCUGCCGUCGCCGUCGCCUUUCUGGGCUUCUUCCUGGGCCCCAUGUUUCCCGGCGCUGUCAUGGUGACGGCCAAGCUGCUGCCGAAGCGCAUCCAUGUGAGCGCCAUCGGGUUCGCCAUGGCGAUGGGAGGAACGGGAGGGACGGUGUUUCCUUUCAUCAUUGGUGCGAUUGCGUCUCAUAAGGGGGUGUCGGUGCUGCAGCCCAUCAUUCUGGGGCUGAUUGCGGUCAUUGCGGCGGUUUGGCUGAGUUUUCCACGGAUUCAGAAGCGAGACUGAGGUGAGCACCUCUUCACUUCAAACCUCAAGCUCACGGCAUGCAAUCUUGAUAAGUAAGGUAGUCUCUUGAAGGAUAUCGGUUCUUUUGACCAAUGGUACCU